AUGCCUCCUCGACGCCGUGCAGGAAACACUGCCGCAGCGCAAUCUACGCUGUCCUUCGGCAACCAGUCCCGAGUUACCAAGCCAGUGACUGCGCCAAUCGAUAAAGCGAAGGCCCUUGACUCAACACAUUCUCUCUCCCAGAAGUCGACCUCCGCGACUCCUGAGCCCCAACAUGUCUCCAUUAGUCCCGUUGAGCCACCCAAGCCCCAUGUUGCAGAGCUAGUGGUCCGCCCGGAGCCCACGCUCGAAAAACCAGCUAUCACUUCAGCAGAGGACAAGCGGGCCUUGAAAUUAAAUAAGCAAGAUAUCUGGCGGUACUGGAGGGCUCAAGAGGAGAGUCGCAAGGCACCUCGGGUUCACCAGCAAGGCAUGGAUGUGGAGGAAAAGAUCCUACGCCAUUUUGAUCUGUCCAGUCAGUAUGGGCCUUGCAUUGGAAUCCCUCGGGUCAACCGGUGGAGGCGCGCAAACACUUUGAAGCUGAAUCCGCCGAUUGAAGUUUUGGCUGUCAUUCUCAAGGGCAAGAAUACUAAAGAGCGAGCUCACAUCGACGAAAUACUGUCAUGA